CUGUCGCCAUUUUCUAUACUCAUAGCAAGGUGAUCCAUUUGACAGGGGAUCACAAUUUUCUAAAACUAAUUUUAUUUUAAUUAUCAAAAUGGGUUUCGGAGAUUAUCCAGCUGAAUAUAACCCAAAUGUGCACGGACCGUACGAUCCAGCUCGCUAUUACGGCAAAGCCGAUACUCCUUUGAGUCAAGUAAAGAUAGGUGAACUUGGAGCAUGGUUUGGGCGCAGGAAUAAGUCUCCACAAGCUAUGGCUGCUUGUGUCAGUCGUGCUUGGUGGCGUUGGCAGCACAAAUAUAUUCACCCAAGAAAAGCUGGAAUUGCAGGAUUCUAUCAAUUGACUGUUGGAUCAAUGAUUUUGUUCUAUGCUUUGAAUUACGGCAAGAUCUCUGCUCACAAGAACUACAAAUACCACUAAAACCAAACAUCUUACAAUGGUAGUGUGUCUGUUGAUGGCAGAAUAAAUUUCUAAAUGUAAAAUCUGUAUCAAUAUACAAUUCAAUAUAUUAAAUUACACGAGAAA